AUGUUUGCCAAAUCUUUGUUGUCUUCCUUUUGCUUCCUUGCCGUUGCCGUCUUGCAAGUUUCGGCUGAUGGCUGCUCUCAAGACAAUGGCUAUUACUACUGCAACCAAGCUUCUGAAGUUGAAUUCAAGGGCGUUGGUUUCUCAUCUUCUUACAACAAAGUUACCAGUAUGAACCCUGAAAGCUGUGAAUGUACUAGUACCCCUCAAUCUUUCGGUGGUGCUUUGGCUCCUUUCGACGAAGAGCUUUCUUUCCAUUUCCGUGGUCCCGUUCAGUUAAAGCGCUUCGCCGUUUAUUAUCCCGACUCAGACAAUGCUUUGUCUUCCCUCAAGAAACGCAGCAACCACAACCAUAAAAAGGCUGUCGCUAACGAAGGCGGUGCUCUCAAGAAGCGUGAUGAUCCCGCUGAAAUAACCAGUACCGUUUAUGAAACCAUCCUUCGUACUGCCUAUAUUAAUGCGGACGGCUCGCCCGCCACUUCAGCCCCUGAAGCUUUCCCUGCUUCUACAGUCACUGGUAACGGUCCUGCCCCCACCAGUUCUUCAAGCAGCUCCUCCUCAUUGGGAAGUAAUGGUCUCAGCAUUUCUGCCCCUAACGAAAUCGGUAAGGGAUUGGCUGCUUCCAGCUUCGUUACCUCUUCCACUUCUGCUCCUCCUACAUCUGCCUCUUCUGCAUCUUCUGCUCCUACUUCCUCCCCAUCUUCCUCUGGCUCCUCCGACUGGGUUCGUUCUUCUUACUAUGACUCUGAAUCUUCCACCUCGGAUAACAUUGUGUUCAUGAAUAAUAUGGGUGGUACCGCAGGCAGUGGUGUCUGGUCCUAUUGCUUUGGUAACUCUAUCUCCUAUGCUGCUGCCAAUGGCGUUGACGGUGCCUCUUCUCCUCAAGUCCUUGCGGAUACCAUGCUCAAGUCUGACAAGGAAGUUUCCAUCUGGAGCGCAAACAAGUGCGAUGGCGAUGACUGUGGCUAUUAUCUUUCUGGAAUUCCCGCUUAUCAUGGAUUCUCUGGUACUAAGGUUGUUCUGAUGGAAUUCAACAUGCCUCACGAUGAUUCCACUAAUUUCAUUAACGACAUGCCUGCUAUCUGGGCUUUGAAUGCUCAAGUUCCCCGUACCUUGCAAUAUGGUAAGAGAGAGUGCUCUUGCUGGGACUCUGGUUGCGGUGAAUUUGAUAUCUUUGAAGUCUUAAAUGCCGGUAAUGAGAAGAUGGUUUCCACUAUUCACAGCAAGCAAGGCAGCCAAAACGGUGCUGGUGGUGGUGGUGGCUCUAGCGACUACUUUACCCGUCCCACCGGUUCUACCAUGAUUGGUGCUGUUGUCUUUGAUACUUCUUCUUCAGCAGUUUAUGUUAUUGAUGUCACCAAGAACGGUGUUAACUUUGAUCAAACCUACUCUGCUUCUGAUGUUGCUGGCUGGUUGAAAUCUGGUUCUACCGUUGUUCAACUUUCAUAA